AUGUAUAACGAUUUUUUAGUAUUACAUCCCAUUUUUACACCUCGUCUAGGAACAAAUUCAGAUAAGAAACAAGGAAUAAAUUGCACUAGUGGUAGUUUGCAUGUAUUUAAAACGAUUGAACUGUCACAGUAUUUAAGAGAUGAUUUAAAAAGUAUUGUGGAUACGUUAAUCCAAAGAAACGCGUAUUUUAUACACCCCGAAAACAUUAUUUUGUGUAUGCUAACAGACACUCGUGAAUGGGUUCGGGAACUACCUUUACGAAGAAUCUUAAAAGCUAGAAAAACCAGUCGAGAAACCGUUGAAGUAAGACACUUUGUGGUACCAGAAAAUAAUUUCAGUGCUACAGACUACUUUGAGUUAAUUUACUGGAAUGAGUGCGAUGUGACACCGCCUCCUGGUUUAAGGGAUUUUACUGAUGAUAAUCUUAGAGACCUUACAAAUGAAAUCGAAAUUCCAGACUUUGAUUUUCCGAAGUUCCCUUGUCCUACUCAAUCCGUGGAAAGAUGCGUAAAAUUAGUUGAAGAGUUAUCUUUAUUUAUUGGUCCAGAAUCAAGAGACAGCUUUAUUCGUUAA